AUGCUGGAUGAUUCUGGCGCCGACCAGAUGUCGAUCUUGUAUGGUGAUCUCGUGCUCCUACAAAAUAUGGAGGCUGCUGCUACAGGGGCUGCCCCAAGCAAACUGCCAGUUUGUGUAGGAGUUUUCGAGUCACUACUAGGCGAUGGAAGCUCUGCGAUCGAAUAUGCGAGGAUGAUACAGGCAGCCAUAUUUGCUGAUAACAACGGUGGUGUCAUGACAAACCUGGGCCAGGAGUGGGACCUCAUACUAUGUUUUGCCAGAGAUGGUUACCAGCCAGAUCCAGAAGAUGGCAGAAUUGCUGGUCUUUGGUCCAGGUUCAAGCUAUACACCGGACUGCUCCAGACGCCAGCAGUCGUGUGUAUUUCACGGAUAUCAAGGAGGGGUUGA